GUCAUAAUUGGAGCUCCCAAGAAGCUCUGGGUCUUCUUCUUUCACUUUCUGCUCAUUGCUCUCUUCAUCUACUAUCCUUUUGCGUCCAAUCUCUGUUUCUGCACCAAAGAAACAAACAGAAGUUCUAUAUCUUGUUCCAUGAAAUUCAGAUCAAAAGGGUACGUUGAUCAUUGUUCUUUUUUUCUUUUCUUUUUUGAAUUUUGGUGAUUUUCAUGUUUAUAUGGAUAUGGGUUUUCUUUCUUUUGUGUUUAUCUCUUGAUUUUUAAUAUGGGUUUUAAUGGGGUUUUGUGUCUUGAUAGUCUUGUGUUUGGAUUCUAAUGUUUGGUGCAGGAAUUGGUCAUGGAAAGAGUCCUCUUGUGUUUGGUUAAGAAGAAAAUCUUUUCUUCCCAAUUCUGGAUUUUAGGGGUUUAGGGGGUUUACUUGACAUUCAAGUCUGUCAAAGAUUUCGUUUCCUCUUUCCUUUUUCAUCUCCCCCUCUGACCAUUCAAAUUUGAAAAUACCUGUUCUUUCUUUCCUUAUAUAGACCCAGAUUUUUUGUUCUUUCACCAUAAGAUACCAAGAAUGCAAAGACAAAGAUUCAUUCUUGAAAAUAUGAAUUUUGACAAAGAGAGAAGUAAAACACCAGAGGGGGAAUUGAACACGACGAGGAAAAUUCGAAUCAUAUACAGUGAUCCCGAUGCCACCGAUGAUUCUUCAAGCGAGGAGGAAGAGGAUGAGAUUUCCGUCGAUCAGAUGAACAAAUUGGUGCGGCAUGUCAAGGAGAUUUCUCUUCAAAGUUUGCCUUAUGAUUGUGCAGAAAACCCUUCAAACUUCAAUGACAUCAGAAUCAAGUCUCGGAGUAAUCUUCCCAAAGGGGUUCGGAAAAGAAAGUGGGGAAAAUACGCCGCAGAGAUCAGGAAUCCGUUCCAAAAGAGUAGGGAAUGGCUCGGUACCUUCGAUACAGCAGAGGCUGCUGCUAUGGCUUAUAAGAUGAAGAAGAUGGAGUUUGAAGGAAAGAUGGUAGCGGAGAAGAAGAAGACAACUUCAUUCAGUUCUGAAGACACCUCCAAUGGAUUAUUCUCUCAUGCUUCUCCGUCUUCGGUACUUGACAAUUCUGCCUCAGUAUCAUCGGAUGAUACAGCAGAGAAUGCGGCAGAGCAGAGGAGUGUGAAAGUGUACAAGUGGCACAAAACUGUGAAGGAAUACAAGAUCGUGGAGGAACUGUCCGAUCAACAACUCGUUGAAGAGGAGAAAGAAGAGCAAGCAGCGUCCGAUUUAUGGGAAACUUCAGAGAGUUCACGGCCUAUUUCUGGUAUUUUGGAUGAUCAAAUCAUCAUCAUGCCGGAGUUCGAAUUCCCAAAGCUAGUCCAGUAUGGAGAUGAUCUGGGGCAGUACUAUGGGUUUGUAAAGCAAGAUAUAGAAUUUGAGCAGUUUUAUAAUUAUAGGAAUGAUGUGGAGCUGUGUGAGAAUAGCUUGGGACAUGUAGAAGAGAAGGGAAAUGGGGGUAUUGUUGAUUUUGAGGUUACUGAAUUAGAUUUGGAUCCGAAGGAUGUUGCAUGGAUUGAUGAUAGUCUGAAUUUGGAAUGCUAGUAAGUUUUGGGGUUUGGGAGUUCCGAGCAGUUUUAGGUGUAAAUUUUAAAAUUUUUUGUAUAUGAAUCAUAAAUAAGGUUCUGAUGUUUUCUAAUGUUACUUGAGAGAGUUCUUGUGUUUCCUCUCAUUAAUUCUGGGAGAUAUUCAAUAUCGAAA